AUGUUGUUUCAAUCCGCUGUACUUCUCACCUUUGCUGGUCUUGCUCUCGCUCGCAAAGACCAGACAGGAUGGGAGACAAAGUAUACAGCAACUGGAACAGCUGAGGUCGCCGCCGCCGCAGCAACAGCCAAAACCAGCAGUCCUACUUCCAAAGUAAAGGGUAAAGCAUUUGAUCGCAUUGCUAUCAUUUACUUUGAAAAUGAAAACUACGAAAAGGCAUUUGGCGACCCCAACUUCUCUUGGUUCAGAUCAAAGGGAAUCACCCUCUCCAACUACUUCGCAGUAACCCACCCCUCAGAGCCAAACUACAUGGCCGCCAUAGCCGGCGACUACUUCGGCAUGCAAAACGACGCCUUCAACCGCAACCCACGCAACAUCUCCACUGUAAUCGACCUUCUCGAACACCGCGGUAUUUCGUGGGGUUUGUACCAAGAAGAUCAGCCCUAUACCGGCUUCGAAGGUUUCGCUUGGGUGAACCACAAAAAUGGCAAGAAUGAUUACGUCAGGAAACAUAACCCUGCUGUUCUGCAUGAUAGCGUGGCCACUUCUGAACAGCGUCUUUCGCAGAUCAAGAAUCUGUCUAUGAUUGACACUGAGAAGUCGAUGUUUCAUAAGGAUCUCAGGGAAGGAAAGUUACCUCAGUGGAUGUUCAUUACUCCUAACAUGACAUCUGAUGGACAUGAUACGAGUGUUACCGUCGCUGGCAACUGGGCGCGUUCGUUCCUUGAGCCGUUGAUGGAAGACAAGCGAUUCAUGGACAACACGCUCGUUCUUAUCACAUGGGACGAAAACGAAUCUUACGCACGCCAAAACCAUAUCCUCGGUGUUCUGGUAGGCGACGCAGUACCAAAGCAUCUCAUCGGCACAACAGACUCCAACUUCUACAACCACUACUCCGAGCUCUCCACAGUCCAAGCAAACUGGGACCUCGACACCCUCGGCCGCUGGGACGUCGGCGCAAACGUCUUCGACCUCGUCGCUAAGAAGACAGGUGAUAAGAUCAGAAGAUGGAAGACUCACGCGUUGGAUAAGUAUUUCUGGAAUGUUUCUUAUGCUGGGCCGUUUAAUACUGCUGGUGGAAACAAGAGGUAUGCUGCGCCGAACUUGGAUCUGGAGAAGACCUUUUCUGGGAGAAAGGUUUUUGAGGGUGUUAAGAAGGAAUGGAAGGGAAGUGAUGCACCCAGUUAUUACAAGGAUGUCAUUGAGGUUGAUGAUGGGUUGAACCCUCCUAAGGGCUAUGAGCCUGUCAAGAAGUAG